AUGAAGAUUGUCGAGAUGAAACUUCACACUAUUUUACUCACUCUUCUUGGAGUAUUCACCUGUUCCGCCGAUUACUCUCCUUUAUCUUAUGUGGACCGCCCGUGUGGCACAGAUCUCUCUAAUCUUUGGUUAGAUGUUAUCGCAGUUGUAGAUAACUCUCGCGGAAUGACCAAUAAAGGAUUGUCUUAUGUAGCAUCUAGCAUUUUAUCAGUAUUCGGAGAGAACACUCGAAUCGGAUCUAAUGCAUUUGAGCCACGAACCACUCGUCUUGGAUUGGUCACCUAUAACUCCGUAGCGACUCAAAAGGCAGAUCUUAACCAAUACCAAUCGAUUGAGGAUGCUCAUAAUGGUAUUUUCGGUGCUCUGUCAACAACUGCGGACACUACUGAAUCAUAUCUAUUUACUGGACUCGAAUUGGCGGAGAAAAUGUUCAAUGAUCAGAGUUUCAACUCUACUCGUGCCUACUAUAAAAGAGUAGUGAUCGUCUAUGCAUCAGAAUACAAUAGAUAUGCACCAUUUGACGCGAGACCUAUUGCCGAACGAUUGAAACUAACUGAUGUUCAUAUAAUCACGGUUGCUUAUGAACAACCAGGCAGUGUUGGACUUCUGAACGGUCUCUCCCAAAUUGCAAGUCCUGGAUUCUCUUUUUCAAGUGAAUAUGGUGCAGGGAAUAUUGUGGAAGAAGUUCAGAAUGCAUUGUUGCAAUCCAACUGUUUCUGCCCAAGAGACUGGAUACAGUACCGCGGGUCUUACUCUGAUCCUGCGUCUAUCCGCUAUGGUGUCUGUCUUCAACCUGUCAACGUGCCUAAGGUCUGGGCUGCCGCCAAAAUCGAAUGCACUCAUCGUUGGAACGACUCGCACCUAGCCACGGAAUUCAAUCAAGCUAAACACGAAUUUAUUCUGUCAGCUGCUCAAGGCGGUUACUUAGGAUUCAAACAACCGUAUCAGUAUCACAUCGGGCUUAACUUUGUCAAUGGUGCCUGGGUCUGGGAUCAACCGGCAGGACAGCCACCAGUCAACCUCCAAAGUUGGUCCAACUGGCAAACAGGCUUUCCGAGUUCUCCUUCUUCUCAGUCUGGCGUAUCAAAUAUUCAGAGUGGUGUAACAACGAAAUGGAACAACGUUGGCACUUUUACAACUCCGGCUAGUUAUAUCUGUGAAACCUAUUCGUGCGAUACCGAUAACUAUUGUGAUUCUCGAUAUAUGAAGACAAAAUAA